UGCAGCACCCGUCGGAAGUUGCUGUGUGAAGUGGAGUUAAAAACGGGAUUUUGAGGCAGUUUUUAAACUCUUCGACAUUCCUUUGGACAUUUUUUAUAUUCUGUUGCAGACACAAAAGAACGUCUACUGGGCAGUAUGUUGGAGUGCGGCAUGCAGGAGCAGGACAGACGGGCUCUGCGGAGAAACGCUGCUGUCCUCUGCAGACAGCUGGUGGUGGACGAGCUGCUCAUUCAAAUCCUACAGGCGGACAGCAUCCUGACUGAGAGCAUGGCCGAGGGCAUCAUGGCCAAGCAAAUAUCUCACAAGCGAAGCUUUGAUUUACUCCUUCUCCUGCCGAAGCGAGGGCCCAGAGCCUUCAGCGUCUUCUGCUCAGCGCUGCAGGAAACUGAGCAGCAGCACCUGUAUGACCUGAUCAGACAACCAACAGAAAUAUAUAGCAAGGAGACAUCUUUAAAGACGUCCUCAGUGGACACAGGAGAGGAGAACGAGGUGCGCAGAAGCUCAUCGAGCCCAGUGCGAGCCGCAGAUAGCUGCCUGCCCUCAGAGUCUCCAGGCAGGGAGGAAGACAGGAGCUCACAGAGGACGAGGAAGAGAGGAAGAGAGGAGCAGACACAUCAUCCCUUCUUCUUUGUGCAGGACAUGAGGACGUGCAUUGAGAGCUUCACCCGGCGGUCGGACCACCAUUCUGGGGACAGCAGCGUUGUGUGUCUGCUCUCACACGGGGUGGAGGGGGCGAUAUACGGUACAGACGGACAACUCCUUCAGCUGGACUGGGUGUUUGAGUCCUUUGACAACGCGCACUGUCCGCUACUACAGAACAAACCCAAGAUGUUUUUUAUUCAGGCCUGCAGAGGAGAGGAGAUGGACUGUGGCGUGGAGCAGAUUGACGGCCCGAUGAGGACCUGCUCCCCCAGCUGUGAGCAGAGAGACGCUGGGAGGGAGGUGGAUGCCUCCUCCAGGCAGGGGGGGGGGCUGGGGAGGAUCAAACUGCCCCAGCGCUCUGACAUGAUCUGUGGCUACGCAUCGCUUAAAGGUCAGAGCAUUU